UGGCGAUACAACAUAAUAGUGAUGAUAUUACUAUACAGAGAAAAUUUCCCCUUCGUUCGCCCCAUUUAGUUUUGAUCGCUUCUUGCCCCCAGAGCAUUGACGAUAAACACCGGUAUCAUCAACAGUGGGCCCAGUUUUUGACUUGACGGACGCUAAAGACAAGCAAUAUUUCGAGGAUGUGAUACAAGUGGAAUUUACUGGUGAAUACAGGAAGAAAACCUCAUCCGGCUAAAUACUAUACAUAGAAAAGGUGGACUCAUUAAUAAAAAAAGAUGGGGCUAAUAGGAGAAAACAUGUCGGAAUCGUUCUCCAAGUUUGCAUUCAUGGUCAUUGUUUUCUUUUUGGCGACUGCUACAAGAGGAGAAUGGCUCCUGGUGAUAGUAUACAUGUUCAGGGACCAGCUUCAACAAAUAACGGGCUUAGGACUGGAUGAGCAGGUGCCUACUGUGAGCGCUGACAAUGUCACCACCGGCACCACCCACCCUCCCCAAUCCCUGCUGGAAUCCCACCACCUCCAGAACGUGCACUGGUUCGUUCUGAUGGCCGUGUCCACGUCUUUCAUUAUGUACUAUGGCAUGGCGUAUGGGUGGCACUAUUACUACUAUGUCAACCGCAGGCACUUGGCCAAGGAGUGGAAGUGUCAGCCGGACAAGUUCUUGACCCCCGAGAACGAAAGACACGAGAUUCUCCUGGGCUCUUUGAACAUGUUAAUAGGGUCAACGGCUUCUGGGGUCAUUGCCUGUUACAUCAUGAACGGCGGGCAUUCUAAAAUGUACUACAGUGUACCAGAGCGAGGCUGGGCAUACUUCCUUUUCUCUCUAGUGGCGUUCUUUGUCUAUAACGAGACAAUGGCCUACUACCUUCACCGUCUGUUCCACAACCCUUGGCUGUAUAAAAAGAUCCACAAAAUGCACCACCGGUACCACCAGCCCACGGCCUGGAGUGCAGUGGCAAUGCAUCCUCUGGAAUUUAUCAUGUACCAGGGGUAUCUGGCGGCCACGCCCUUCCUUGUCCCAAUCCAUGCUUUCCCCUUCCUGUUUGUGUUGCUUUAUUCCUACUACUACGGACUCUGCGACCAUUCCGGAAUCAAGAUGGGCGCCAUCUGGCCAUGGCAACCGCAUUCCUAUUUCCAUGACAACCACCACAAACAUUUUCACGUCAAUUUUGGAUUCAACACGUACUUUUUCGACUGGUUCCAUGAUACUCUGAGGAAAGAGAGCAGAGUUUAUGGGGAAGAGGUUUUUGGGGGACGAGGAAAACAAAGCCAGAAAUCGGAAUAGUCAUUUAGAACAAAGCAGUCUUCCUGUUGGUGCCACUGUAUGACCAUAAGAUUCUGUUGUUUGUGAAAAUGGUUAAUUGUGAAGAUAAUGUUCUGUUGAAAUAUUAAUGAAUACUUUUUAUCAAUGUAACUUUUCAAGGGUACUGCAAGAACGUAAGAGAAUGUUUAUAUAUAGGAAUUUAGAGAUAAAUGGGGAUAUUUUUUUUUUGGGGGGGAUGGUCAGAAAUAUUAUUUAAGUCUAUUUCAACUUGAUUGAAAUGCAAGGACAUCAAACUGUUAUUUUAAAAGAGAUAAAUAUUUUCUGUUUGUAUAUAAGAUUGGCACGUACUGUGUGCGUGUAACUGUGUGUGAUUGUGAUGUAACACGUAACAGGUAACCAGGUACACACCAAAGAACAGAGUCUGUGUGAGGGCCCGAUCUGGGCUGGUCAGGUAUUGAUAAUCCACUAUGACGUGUAAUCUGUGACACAGAUUUCACUGAUACUCAGUCGUGACUAGCCACAGGAGAGUGCUGAUAUUUAUUUGUUUUCACUGACUGUAGUUGUAUUUUGUUAACUGUGCUAUAGUAACUUAUUUUCAUUGUUGUUAUGGUUUUUUUUUUUAUUUUACGCUAAGAUCUCUGUCCACGUACCCAUAUGACAGUUAUACGAUCGCAUUACUUGAUGGGUAUUUGGAGUGGUCCGUAUUGGCAGUAUUUACACAAUAUAUUUACAUGGAAACAUCCCAGUCCUCUCCCGCGCCCAAAUGACAGCGAAUACAACGACAUCCCAUUUGUAUUGCUUGACGGGUGCCAAGGAUGAGGUUAAGGGAUUCUAGCAUCAACCCACCCCUCUUAUUCCCUACCCCAAUCAUAGUCACCAAAACAUCAAAUGACAGCUAAUACAGUACUAUCUCAGAUGUAUUGCUUGAUGAGAGUUAUGGUUAUGAAGGACACCCCACCCCCACCCCCAAUCAGAGGUCAGAGUAUUUUGACCGACCGAUAUUAUAUUGUUAAAACUCCAACAAAGAUAUCUAUUUUUUUUAAAACACAAGAUAGAUUGUUAAAUUCAAUACAUGUACAUUGAAUUUGUAGUUUGAAAAAGUUUAGCUCUAUUUGUGGAAUUUAAAUUUAAAGUUCAAAA